UGAUUAACCCAUAAAUAGUAAUGUAUGGAGGUCUAGUCUAGACUUAUUUUAUUUAUUUAUUACCAAUUUCUUUUACUUUCUAUCCCGUGUGUUGUAUCUUUGAGUUUUAGUUGAAAAUUAAAAUAUUUAUUUCAACUAGAUAAUUAAUUAUGUAUUCUGUUAGUCGGAUACAGGAAAGAGAUGUUGAAGAUGUCAUGGAAUUCAUGAAAAGAACAUUCUUCAUAGAUGAGCCGCUAUACAAAGGGGUUGGCUACUGCAACUCUGAACAUGACGACACUCCGGAUCUUGAUGCCUUCUGUAGAGAAGCCUUACCAGGGAUAUCUUUCAUGGCCAAAGAUAAUGAUGACAAUAUUGUAGCUACUCUCAUAUGUGGUAUAAGUCCUAUUGUUAAUCCAACAGACUUCCUGAGUGCCUUAAAAAAUUGUAAAUGUCCCAAUUAUAAAAAAGUAAUACAAAUGAUGAUUUUACGCGAAGUUAUUAUGGAAAUAUGGAAUAUAUAUCCAGAUGAAAAACAAGUUUUUGAAAUCAAGAUGGCGUCCACUGAUUCGAAAUGGCGGAACAAAGGGAUCAUGAAUAAACUCAUGAAAGAAGCAGAGAACGCAGCAAAAGAACUAAACAUUAGAGUGUUGAGGAUUGAAACUUCGAGCGCGUAUUCAGCCAAAUCAGCUGAGAGACACGGCUUCAAAUGUGUGUUCAGUCGCGUAUAUACAGACUUCAUGUUGGAUGGAAAACCGCUUAUUGUGGCAGAACCACCGCAUUUGGAAGAUAGAGUAUAUGUUAAAGAAUUGUACUGAUGUGUUAAUAUAUGUUUAUUGUAAU